AUGGACGCCCUUUACUUCAAAGUUGACCACCUUAAGUUAUUAUGGUCAGAGUAUCGUUCUGCAAACGAAGGUGUCGGCAGAGAUUACAGCGAUCACUCGGAGUGGGCGCGUGAAAAACUGCAGGCAGUAUUAACAGAAUUUGACAAACUUAUUCAAGAACAAAUUCUCUGGAAAUCUUCUCUUUCGGCUGAAAUAGAGGACCUUCUGGUGGAAAUUGAAGAGUGCUGUCAAAUAUUUGGUCGGAGAGUGGAUAACGUUAUACCGAAGGCCGCUGCAUUGACCGUUGAACUGAAUGAUUCAUCACGUGAUGAGCUAAGGUGCAUCCGAGACUCUCUACGAGAGGAAAUGGCCCUUACCAAAUCAAAUGUUAAAAAAUGGUUGGGUGACCUUACAACUUUUGUCGUUGAAUUGGAUGAUGACUACAAAGUUCCACCAGAAGAAUCUGCAGUCAAACUGCAUUAUUAUUGGGAUGCGCUUCAUCAUAUUCCCCAAGAUGAAGUUGAUGAUGCAUUAUACGAAUUAUUUAAUGAUAAACAGAAUCCAAAAGAAAUAUUUGAAGCGCUACAGGCUUCACUUGAAAAUAAGAAAAUAAAUAAUGAUGAUGAUGAUCAGGCUCAACAAGAAAUUGUUGAUGUACAGCGUGAAUAUGUAUAUUAUACCCCUCAACUUCCUACCGGACUGAAAUUGUCUCCGGAAUGUUUAGCCGCUCUCAAAGAAAAAGUAGUCAUUCUUGAAAAAGAUUAUGUAACUCGUAAGAAUAAGAUGGAUGCUAUGCAAAAAGAUGUAAAGAAACUAUAUAAUGAAUUGAAUGUUCCUUUGGAAGAAAGAAUCGAAUUGAUCGAUUCUCUUGACGAAGAAUACUUAGAACGGUAUACUUCGCAAUUGGUUGAACUAUGGAAUAAAUGUCUUGUCCCACAAUUUGAACGCGAUGAAUUCUUUGCCAACGUACAUAAACAAGUUUAUGAACUUCUUGCUCAUGAAGUUGCGCGCUUGCAAGAACUUUACGCCAAAUGUGCAAAUAUUUACAGGCUGAUGUUAGAGAGACGUGCAUUGAUUGAGAAAAUGACAGAGUUUGAAAAAACAGCAUCAGACCCUCGUCGUCUCUUCCAAAGCUCUUUCCGUUUAUUAGAAGAAGAGAAAUGGCGAAAAUCAUGUUGGCCCAAUUUGGUCAAAAUUGAAGAUCAAUUAAUUAGUGCAUGCGUCGAAUACGAAGAAAGUCAAAAUGUCGAUCAAAAUCGGGCAGCUAUUAAACGCAAGGACAGUCAACUCUCGCUUAGAACUUCAGCCAGUAGACCAGUGUCACCAACUGCUAUGAAUGAUAUUUAUACGUCACGUAGAAAUACAGGGCAGUAUCUCCAGUUGGCAACUCUCGAAGAAAUAGUCAAUUGA